UCUGUCGAGUGCAACGACGCCAUGUCCAUCAGAGACUUCAUCGAUCACCGGAAAAAGUCGGGCCUAUCAUGGGACGACUUCAAUGCCAUCCGAGCCAAGAAGGAUGACAGCGACUUCAAUGAAGACCAGAUGAUAAAGUAUCGAAAGAAACUGGACCAGGAACGGCAGGCCAAGCUGGACUCGCGGGCCAAGGAGAAGAAAGAAAAGUCCAAGAAGAGCAAGAAGAAGAAGGACAAGGACAGGGACCAGAAGAAGAAAAAAUCCAGUAGCAGCAGCAGCACCAAGAAGCGAAAGAAGCACGACAGUAGCGACGACUCGAGCGACGACUCGAGCGAUGACGAGCGCCGCGAGCGACGGCAUGGCAGCUCGGAUUCGGACGAUGAGCCCCGCAGACGAAAGCAGCGAGAGGCCGCUGACGACUCGGACGAGCACCAGAGACGCAGAGAUGCUGUCGAGUCUGCUGAUCGCCGCGAUCUCAUGAUGAGCACCGCCGUCACGACGACCACGACCGUCGUCAACAUCACGGGCACGACGGACAACAUGGCGAUCGCCAUGACAAAAGCGAACCGUCCAGGCGCGAUGACCCGAUAG